AAGAAAAAUUCUUGCUAGUGAAUUAAGAAUCCUUCCUGGUAAGCAAAAGGCUUUUACCUCUAAUGUAAGAGUGUUACCCAAAAUGAACAGCUGUUCAUUUGAGUAUCUCCUGCAUGCCAGACAUAGUGCUGAGUGGGGCUGGGGAGUGUCUGGGGUAGUUCAACGUGGACAGCAUGAUCCUGAAUUUCAGUGAGUUCUCAGCCUGGGGAGGAGGCAAAGCAGAAGGCAGAUCAGUACAGUAUCAUCAUUGACUUGUAGGAGAAAGCAACUAACUGCCUGCUUGAAUAGAGGAAAUCUUCCAAGAAGAGAUGUCAGUUGAGCUGGUCCUUACAGGAUGAGUAAGGACUUAGCAGGCCAGGAGAAGGAGGGAGGGCUGAGGCAAGGAAGUGAGUGAAUGGGGGCCUCAUGGAGGUAUAACUGGAACUCAGGCUAUAGUAGAAGGUAAAUCUGAUAGUGGAGGUUGGGCCAGAUGGCAGAGGGCUUGGAAUCCUCUGAGCAAUGGAGAAUGGUCACAGCAGGGGAGUGAUAUGCUCAGAUCUGUGUUUCAGAGAACCUUUGUGGUGGCAGCAUGUGAAUGGGCUGAGGGGGAGGGGUCUCAGCAAGGAGUGCCAAUAAGAGACCAAAAGAGGCCUGAAGCAGCUGGGAUGAGGUCAUAAAGCUGAGUCCAUGAUUUGAGAGCUCAUUAGAGGUAAACCUGGCAGGAUUUAGUACCUAGUAGGGGUGAGGUGGGAAAGAAGCUGGUAGGUAAAUGGUGAUGCUGUUAACAGAAGAGGCACAGAGCAGGGGAGCAGGGGCCGGGAGGCUGGUGGGUCCUGUUUGCUAACGCUGAGUUCAGCAAACAUGUCGUUGGAGUGGGAGCUCCAUGAGGGCAGGGAUCUGUACUUUGUUCCUGGAUGUAUCCCAAGCCUGGUACAUUCUAGGCAUCCAAGAAAUAAUUUGUUGUUGAAUGCUGGAAAUUCGGGUGAAGGUGACUGAUAGAUUAUCUAUAAUUAUUUACACAAGUCUAGCACUCAGGGACAGGGAGGAUGAUCAUCAAACCAUGGUAAAUGCAUCAGGUAGCUCAGGGGAAGUAUAAAGGAUGAGAAGAUCAAUGUGAAGGCGGGGGUGGCAGGGAACCCUGGUGAAUGUCAGCCUUGAAGCCUGGUCAGAGGAGAUGCCCAUUAUCCAGGGAUACAAGAGGUUCAAACCUUGUAUGCACUUGGUGCUGGAUGACUGACCUCCAUAGCUGAGUUUACCAAAUGCAGCUUCUCCUCUCCUGCUGAGAAGGUGAUGUUCUCCAGGUACACCUAGGAGCAAAAGGUCUUGCUGAGAAUGAAUAUACAGAAGUUGCAGGUGUCUUUGGCCAUUACUGGUGUCAGCUUUUCCUCUUUGGCAACUAUCUGGAAAUUUCAAAAUAUACUUGGUAGGUGACAGCUUAGUAGUCAUAGUUUUUCUUGCUGCGCUUUGUGAUUUUAGUAGUUUUUAAAAGGGGUUGGUUUUGUUCUCCUUCCAAAUAUCCCGCAUGGAGUGAGAGAGGUCAAUAAUCCUAAAUUGUCUGGCUCAGACCCUGGAGAAUUCAGAAUCUUCUCAUGGUCCCACAUUUUAUUUCCGUUUUGUCUGGGAAAAUGAGGGCAGUGAGCUGACUGAGUGGGUAUUACCAGCUUCAUGAGACCAAACCCUUCAUAGAGGAGUAUUUCCUGGCCUUUUAAGACCACUUGGUCUUUAGUAAAUUUAAGUGUCUCUUUAAAAAUAUGUGUGGAUUUGUUUCCUCUUUAACAAGAACCAGGUCUUUUUAGUUGGGAAAAUAAUUCAAUAUGAACCUCCUAUAUGCCAGGCACCUUUUCUCUGUAGCUGAUGGAGUUACAAAAAAAAAAACUAAGACCCAUGGUCUCUGCCCUUAGGAAGUGUGUAGUCUAGUGGAAAAGAAAGACGCAAAAAAGAUGAUUUCAUUACUCUGUGACCUUUCCCAAGUGAUCUCUACCUUUGUUAGCUCAACUCGCUUCAAAGACUUCAAUCCUCAAAACAUCCAUUUUCCAUCAACAACCAGUCUGCAUUCUGAAGCAGUACAAGUUUUGAUUAAGCACUCAGCUGAUGUCAAUGCAAGGGACAAGAACUGGCAGACCCCUCUUCAUGUGGCAGCAGCCAACAAGGCUGUCAAAUGUGCAGAAGUGAUCAUUCCCCUGCUGAGCAGUGUCAAUGUCUCUGACCGAGGGGGGCGCACAGCCUUGCACCAUGCGGCUCUGAACGGCCACGUGGAGAUGGUCAAUUUACUCUUGGCCAAAGGGGCAAAUAUCAAUGCAUUUGACAAGAAGGACCGGCGUGCUCUGCACUGGGCAGCAUACAUGGGCCACCUGGAUGUUGUGGCAUUGCUCAUUAACCAUGGCGCGGAAGUGACCUGUAAGGAUAAGAAGGGUUAUACCCCUCUGCAUGCUGCGGCCUCCAAUGGACAGAUUAAUGUUGUCAAGCAUCUCCUGAACCUGGGGGUGGAGAUUGAUGAAAUCAAUGUCUAUGGAAAUACAGCGCUUCACAUCGCCUGCUACAAUGGACAGGAUGCUGUGGUUAAUGAGUUGAUUGACUACGGUGCUAAUGUGAACCAGCCAAACAAUAAUGGGUUCACCCCUUUGCAUUUUGCUGCUGCCUCCACUCAUGGUGCUUUGUGUCUUGAAUUGUUGGUAAAUAACGGGGCGGAUGUUAACAUUCAGAGUAAAGAUGGCAAAAGUCCACUGCACAUGACAGCUGUCCAUGGAAGGUUCACACGGUCACAGACCCUCAUUCAGAAUGGAGGUGAAAUUGACUGUGUGGAUAAAGACGGCAACACUCCUCUCCAUGUGGCUGCAAGAUACGGUCAUGAGCUUUUGAUUAACACCUUAAUAACCAGCGGAGCUGACACAGCCAAGUGUGGAAUCCAUAGCAUGUUCCCUUUACAUUUAGCUGCCCUAAAUGCUCACUCUGACUGCUGCAGAAAGUUGUUAUCAUCGGGACAAAAGUAUAGCAUAGUAUCCUUGUUUAGUAAUGAGCACGUGCUGUCUGCAGGCUUUGAAAUAGACACCCCAGAUAAAUUUGGAAGAACGUGCCUUCAUGCUGCUGCUGCAGGAGGUAAUGUGGAAUGUAUAAAACUCUUGCAGAGCAGCGGAGCAGAUUUCCAUAAAAAGGACAAGUGUGGGAGGACCCCUUUGCACUAUGCAGCUGCGAAUUGUCAUUUCCACUGUAUUGAGACAUUAGUGACCACAGGGGCCAACGUUAAUGAAACAGAUGACUGGGGACGCACAGCUUUGCAUUAUGCCGCUGCGUCAGACAUGGAUAGAAAUAAGACCAUCUUAGGAAAUGCCCAUGAAAAUUCAGAAGAACUUGAAAGAGCCAGGGAGCUGAAGGAAAAGGAAGCCACACUAUGUCUAGAGUUUCUGCUUCAAAAUGAUGCAAAUCCAUCUAUCCGGGACAAGGAAGGUUACAAUAGCAUACAUUAUGCUGCCGCCUAUGGGCACAGGCAGUGUCUGGAAUUGCUUUUGGAAAGAACAAACAAUGGGUUUGAAGAAUCAGAUUCUGGUGCUACUAAGAGUCCUCUCCACUUAGCUGCCUACAAUGGGCACCAUCAAGCCUUGGAAGUCCUUCUGCAGUCGCCGGUGGACCUGGACAUCAGGGAUGAGAAAGGCCGCACUGCUCUGGAUCUGGCUGCCUUUAAAGGACACACAGAAUGUGUGGAAGCGCUUAUCAAUCAGGGCGCAUCCAUCUUUGUGAAAGACAAUGUAACCAAAAGAACACCACUUCAUGCCUCAGUAAUUAAUGGUCACACACUGUGUUUACGGCUGUUGCUAGAAAUUGCAGACAACCCUGAGGCGGUUGAUGUGAAAGAUGCCAAAGGACAAACACCACUGAUGCUUGCAGUAGCAUAUGGACAUAUUGAUGCUGUUUCAUUGUUACUUGAAAAGGAAGCCAACGUAGACACUGUUGACAUCCUAGGAUGCACAGCUUUACACAGAGGGAUUAUGACAGGACACGAGGAAUGUGUGCAAAUGCUGCUGGAACAAGAAGUGUCAAUUCUCUGUAAAGAUUCCAGAGGGAGGACGCCCUUGCACUAUGCAGCUGCUCGUGGCCACGCCACGUGGCUGAGCGAGCUGCUCCAAAUGGCUCUUUCUGAGGAGGACUGUUGUUUCAAAGAUAACCAAGGCUACACGCCGCUGCACUGGGCUUGUUACAAUGGUAAUGAAAACUGUAUAGAGGUGCUUUUGGAGCAAAAAUGUUUUCGCAAAUUUAUCGGUAAUCCCUUUACUCCACUGCACUGUGCAAUAAUCAAUGAUCAUGGGAAUUGUGCAUCAUUGCUGCUUGGGGCCAUAGAUUCCAGUAUCGUCAGUUGUAGAGAUGACAAAGGCAGGACACCCCUUCACGCGGCAGCAUUUGCUGAUCAUGUGGAGUGCUUGCAGCUUCUUCUGAGACACAAUGCUCCAGUGAAUGCAGUAGAUAAUUCAGGGAAAACGGCACUGAUGAUGGCUGCUGAGAACGGGCAGGCAGGCACUGUGGAUAUUUUGGUGAACAGUGCCCAGGCUGAUCUGACUGUAAAGGAUAAGGACUUGAAUACACCCUUACAUUUGGCUUGUAGUAAAGGUCAUGAAAAAUGUGCCUUGUUAAUACUUGACAAGAUACAAGACGAGAGCCUUAUUAAUGCAAAAAAUAAUGCACUGCAGACACCCCUCCACGUCGCUGCGCGCAAUGGCUUAAAGGUGGUAGUUGAGGAGUUGCUGGCCAAAGGGGCCUGUGUACUUGCUGUAGAUGAAAAUGGUCAUACCCCGGCCCUGGCUUGCGCUCCUAACAAAGACGUGGCUGACUGCCUGGCCCUCAUUUUGGCUACCAUGAUGCCUUUUUCUCCUUCCAGUACAAUGACGGCUGUCAACUUCGUUUGUUUAAAAAAAGACAAUUUGAGCAGGACGACCCUCUCCAAUCUGGGUAGCAUGGUUAGCCUGUGCAGUAACAACGUAGGCUCGGAGGAUGGGUACAAUGAAAAUGAUUCUGAUUCGGAAACGUUUUGACUUUGGACUGUAGAAGCUUUUCUUUGAUCACCUGUGUUGGAGGAAAGGAAAGAAGCUUGAAUUCCAGGUUUAUGUUGCAUUCAAGUAUUAUUUGGGGCCUGGGCUUCCAGAAGCUAGUAGAGAAGGAAUUAAUCGAGGGAGGGCAGUGAGGCUCUUGGGUGGAACAGUUUUGUUUGUUUCACAUUUUCUUUAAAUCUGAGAUACUUCUGUGAAAGUCUACCUCUCAUUUUAAGUAAAGAAUAAAAGAUGUAUUUAAUUCCUGUUCUUUGGGGAUAAUGCAACAGAGAGGCAGCUGUUCGCUAGGAAUAAUUUUUCUUUUCAUGUAUUUAGCAGUGAGUUCUCAGAAGUAUAUCAGUGUGACAUUCAUGUCCCCUGGGAGGGAAGGGAAGAGGCAGAUAGGAAAUGCCUCAAACUUCUUCUUACUUUGAUGUUUACUUCCUCACUAGAAGCCAAAGUAAAGGUGUUCAUCUUCAGAAAUAAUGCCUGUAAUAAUCUUUUUAGAGAGUCCAACUAUUUAUAUCCUCUCUAUAGUAAGCAUUUAAAUAUCCAGAACUUCUUUCUGAGGAUCUCUGUUAAAGUUGCCAGAUGAAUUGAAAAAUUGAACUUGCUUUUUUUGUUUAACACAGUGUUCCCUAUAACAAGCCUGUGACUAAUUUUCACUUAAGUGAUUGAACCCAAAUUUAUCUAAUAACAUUUCAGGUGAAAAUUAUAUUGCACCAAAACUUUAACACAAUAUGCAAAAUUAGUAUGAAACUACCCUUUGUUAAUUUACUCUUAAAUCAAAAUACUAACUUCUAAAAAACAUCAGAAUCAUCAGCGUUGUUCAUCAGUAGUAAAAUGAGCUUCUCAGUCAAGGUCAUGCCAAGUGAGUGAAAAGUGUGACUGCAAAAAGGAACAAAAAAAGUGAAAGCAGAAAGUAGAAAUGUGUGAUUUAGCAUGUAAAACCGAUUGCCGGUUGCUUGAUGAUGAAAUCAACAUAGUGAAUACCGUGUCUGCUCCCUCUGCCAAAGCUUCUAGGUCAAAUGGACCCCGUUCCACACCUGGAACCGCCAUACAAAAAGAAGAAUGAGACUCUUUAAAAAUUAUGCACAUACACAUGCACACAUAUAUGUGUGCAUGUAUAUAUAUAUAUGUGUGUGUGUGUGUGUCUAUGUAGUUCAUUCGCCAGCUACACAUGAGGACCAAAAUGCUUCAGUCUAAAAUGGAAGAUACACAUUUUUUUCCUUCAAAAUGCAAGUGAGAACUGAAGUACCUUUUUUAUGGAGUUAAAUAUAAUCUUUCUGUGUACCAGUCUUUGUUGUAUUCUAUAUUUCUUGAGACACAGAUUUCUAGUUGACCACUUAACAUUUGUAACUGAUGAUGUGUUGACCUUUUUUUUUUAUUGCCAGACUAGAGAAAAUGUCCAUAUACUUUUGAUGUAAAUGUGUUUAUAUUUAUUUGAAAUGAAACAAAUGGUAGGAAACAUCCAUUAUUUGUUCUCUAUUUUAAUUGCUAUGUAUCUUAUUUAGAAUAACAAAAAACGUGAAAAAACACACUUGACCCUGGGCUAGCCAAAAGCCCAAGGGCCAAACCCAGCAUUUCCACUGCUAAGGUUUCCAGAUGACCCUCAGGUUCUUCCGCUUUGGUUAGAGAGGGCUACGCAUCUUCUACUGCUCAGCCACAGUCUGUAGCCAGCUUAGAGCUUAGAAGACAUUGCAGUCUGGAUGCUCUUCUGCGAGAUGAAAACUCAAAUGUGUAGUGGAUCAUAUACACAAAGGCAGCCCAAAGAAAUAUCUAGAAAUUACCCUAAGUACACUGAAAAGCUCACAUAGUCUCAGUAACCUGAUGGGAAAUGAUGGCAGUGUGUGGGCACAUGUGCCAAAAGGAGAAAUAAAAAUCACCAGCUCAAGUGCUAUUUUCUACUUGAGGAAGAGACAGCAAAGAAAUGUGUCGAAUUAGAGCAGUACUCUCUGACAUUUUAUAAUGAGUUCCAUCUCCACCCUGGAAAUUGCUAUUUUAUAGUGUAUGUGAGAUAUUUCAAAAAUAAUGUUCUAUCAUAUCUGGAUCAAAGACAGAUAACUGUAUUAUAUUUUUCAUCUAGCUGUAAAACUUUAAUCUUACUCUUAAUAUCCUGGAUUUAAUUAAAACUCCUGUUGGGUUCUUCACAAAUGAGAACUUGUUCAAAGGAUUUAUUGAACUGGUAUUGAUUUCACUGAAAAUUUUCCACACCACCACCAUUGUUUUUUGAAUUCUUGGUGUUGUGCUUCCCACCUUCUGUCCUUUUCGUUUGUUUAGAGAAGAUGAAUUUUUAAAAAGCAGAUAAAUUGCUAAUGAGCAAUAAUGACCUUAUCUUUACCAAAACACUGAAAAUUAAGAGAGGUUCAAUGUUGAAGAAGCACAAUAUCAAUACGCUGCGGUGUCUUUUUCUAGAAGUGAAUGGAAAUCUUGCUCAGUUGGCAUUUCAAGCAGGAAAUGAAAUGCUUGCUUUAAUGGCAAAGCAGCGUUAACAUUUUUCCUGUCGUGUAGCAGAGAGUACAAGAAUCAUUUCAGCAAAGCAGUGACUCACCAUGAGACGUUAUCUCCAUGGAGCUGCGUUUUGACUUUUCCCCACUCUCUUACUCAUAGAAGGAGGACAAAGGAACGAAAUGAAAUCAUGCUCACAAUGAACUGUUCAUUACAUCAACUGAUCUCUCUCUCUCUCUCUCUCCCCCUCUCUUUCUUUCUCCCAUACCCCAAGGCUAAAUUUUUUUAAAGAAAUGACUUUAAAAACUAUCAUUUCUGUAUUUUAAUUACAUCUCUUAGAAAUAAAAUUAUGUUUGCACCAUAGCUUUCUAAGAAAAAAGAAAUGUGUUUUUAACUGAGUCUUAGUUGCUUAGUGCUUUUAUUUGUGUUAUUUUUACACUGUAUUUUAACCACAACCACAAGGAUCAUGUUUCAUUGCACUUACUUGUUUGCCAGUGUCUGCCUGUCUUUGGUAAAUACAUUACUAUCUCCAAAUUGCCUAAAAUCUGCUAUGAUUCUACAGUAAAUAGCUCAGGGUAUUUCUAUUUAUCGCUACUAAAAGGGCACCAUAGUAUGUUUUGGUACUUUAGGCAGUAAACACUGCUUGGUUUAUCAUUUUGUUAUUAAAUUAGAACAAGAACAUCAAAUGGAUUUGCUGCACUAGUUAUUCUUUGUACUGUUGAGCAACUUGAUGUGCUUAUAUGUUGUGUUGGUUGAAGAACUCAUCCCUUUUAUUGUCUUGUAAUAUGAAGUUAGAGUGCCUUUUUAUAUUUGUAUAUUCUGAAAAUGUUCUGUGGAAUGUUUUGUAUUUUUUCAUUUGAGUGUUAUCAGAGCAAUAUGAUACCAGUGAGUUUUCAUUUCAACCUUUCUUUGAAUGUAUAAAGUGUCUUUUUUCCUAUUUCCCCUUGUACUUGCAUUGAAAUGAAUAUGAAAAUGCUAAAGUUUUCUAUAGGAAUUGUUUGAUUUUGCAGUGCUAAAAUGCUUUCGUCUUACGAAACUAUAAACCAUAGGUCAGUAUUAUGGGGAAAAGCGUUUUAAGAUAGUGACAAUCUGAGUGUUUGUAUAAAAUGUAAUUCUAUGCGUUUCUUAUGUGAUCUAAAAAUUCAAUGCAAAUAUCUUUUAUUUGGCAGUUUUGUCUACAUAUUUUAUGCUCUAGCAUGUGCAAUAUAUCUUUGUAAAGCACGAUGAUACAAAUCUGGUGCCAGUGUUAUAUUUUGCAUAACAUAUUUGUAACAGCAUAAAAUAUUGUUUGAUGAUUUCAGUGGGAUUUUGUCUAUAAUGUUUUCUUGUGUAAAUUGGAGUUGAAUGACUCUGGUAAAUGUCAUGACUGUAAAAAUGGGGAAAAUGACUUUUAGUUCAGUGAAUGACUUUGAAACAAUCUGAAUCUUCUCAAGCACAGUUUAAUACUUUUGCAACUACUGAAUGCUCUAAUAACGUAAUGAAGUACUUAAGUGUAAUAUACUAUGGAAAUGCAUUCAGAUGGUUAUUUUUACAAAUAAAAACGGUACAAAUAUUGUUGCAA